CAGUCAACGGUGACCAUGAUAUUUGCCACGCCAGUAACGGCUAAGAUCAUCCGGCUCCUACCCACAGAGUACAAUGUGUGGCCUACACUCCGCAUGGAACUUCUUGGUUGCAGAGAUGUGUGCUUUCAGCCACUGGGUGUACAAGAUGGGAGUGUGCCCGACUCCAGUUUUACAGCUUCAAGUUGGCGAAGCAACCUUGAUGAAAAUGACUGUCUCCCCGCUAACGGCCGGCUGAAUAUUGGUCACGGGAAUGACGGCACAACCUUAGGCGGGUGGUGCCCUGCAACCAACAACACAGAUGACGAACCUUGGCUGGCCGUGGACCUUGGACAGGCAUUGCGAGUAGAGGGCGUCCUCACCCAAGGCGGUAACCAUAGCGAUCCGGCCAUGAUGGAAUGGGUGACCAAAUUCCGGGUGGAAUACAAGGUCCACAGUUCUGACAAUUGGAUGAAGAUCAAGAACAGAAAGAGAAAAACAAGGGUAUUUCCUGGGAACGAGGAUGUAAACACACCUGUUAGACAUCUGUUUUACGUACCCACCGUGCUUCGUUUUAUCCGGAUUGUGGUCAUGGACUACGAAGGGUACCCCUCACUACGGUUUGAGGUUUUAGGAUGUAAAGCUCCAUCCAACAUAACAUGUCCAAGUCCCGACUCGUUCACGCUUGCACCAGGAAUGGGCGAAGUUGAAGUGGUGUUUCCUGCUGUCACCAGUACCGAUCCUUACUUCAAUCGUUUCACUGUCACGAUCAGUGACGUGGACCCACUGGUGUCCAGCGGAGGUGUCAUGUGGCGAGUAGGUGAAAACUCCACAUUCCCUCCGCCAAUGAACAGCAAUGAGCAAACAGUUCAUUACAUUGCUACCGAUGAUGCCGGGAACCAAGCAACAUGCGCAUGGACGUUUGAAGUUAUCGAUAACGAACCUCCAGAAUUUGAUAACUGUGAGAAUGUUACCUUAUAUACCGACCCUUAUAAGAAUUAUACCACUGCAAUCCCAAGUGCACCAACGGCAAGUGAUAAUAUAGCAGCGACUGUAGAAUGCUCAGCAAUCCCAAAUCAGCUGGAAAUUGGUGUUCACCAAGUGUCUUGCAUCGCCAACGAUUCUGCGUCCAACACCGACAUGUGCGAGUUUGAAAUAUAUGUAGUAGACAUUCAAGACCCUGUCAUCUCCUGCCCAUCUAGGGGAUCAUUCCCAACCGAACCACGCCAACCAAACGCUACGGUGGUUUUUCCUGGAGACUACGUCGCUUCAGACAACUCAGGCGACUUCCAAGUUAUCAUCACGGAAUUGAGUCCUAACUCCAGUGAGCCUAAUGGAAUGACGUGGACCGUCGGGGACGCUGUGGUAUUAGGCAUUGGUGAUCACACCUUCUUCUACCUGGUUACAGAUGGGGCUGGGAAUGAAGACUACUGUGCUUGGGAUGUCGAGGUGUAUGAUAAUCAAGACCCUGUCAUCUCCUGUCCACCUAGUAGAUCAUUUCCAACCGACCCAGGCCAACCCAACGCUACGGUGAUCUUCCCCGAUGACUACGUCGCUUCAGACAACUCGGGCGACUUUCAAGUUAUCGUCACGGAAUUCAGUCCUAACUCCAGUGAGCCUAAUGGAAUGACGUGGACCAUCGGGGACGCUGUGGUAUUAGGCAUUGGUAACCACACCUUCUUCUACCUGGUUACAGAUGCAGCUGGAAAUGAAGACUACUGUGCAUGGGAUGUCGAGGUGUACGAUGACCAACCUCCAGUAUUACAAUGCCCCUCUGAUGUGUUCAAAUCUACCUUAGCUGGUUCGGAUAUGGGCACAGCCAGCUGGUCACCUGUAACUGCGACCGACAACUCCGGCGUAAUGUCGACUAUUGUUGCCUCUCACACGUCAGGACAAAUGUUCACACUCGGUGAACACACUGUGGAGUUCACUGGCAUGGACCCUUAUGGCAACGUCGGACGAUGCAACUUCACUGUCACAAUCACAGAAUUUUGCAUUGAACCCCUCGGAAUGGAAGAUUUGGGUAUCCAUGGGUCUAGUAUUUUCGCCUCCAGUUUUUUCAAGUGGUCGAGUAGUGAUAAUAUCAGGCAUCUAUGCAGAGCACAGAACGCCCGAUUGAAUCUUCCGCUCGGCACUAAUCCAAACCGGCAGAACGGAGGAUGGUGUCCCGAUGAAGCAGACAAAAACACCACAUCAUAUAUACAGAUCGAUCUUGGUCGUUCGCUGCAAGUUGAGGGCAUCAUAACCCAAGGAGGUGGCUUCACUGACACGGAUGAAUGGAUCGAACAGUAUCAGCUUCGGUAUCGUUACGCUAAGGGGCAACCUUGGAAUUACAUACUUGAUGAAAAUGGCGAUAUCAAGGAAUUCACGGGAAAUACUGACAAAAGUUCCCCAGUGACCAGGAUCUUUGACGCGCCAAUAACGGCUCAGUUCAUCAGAUUCAUACCCACAGCGUACCAUGUGUGGCCUACACUCCGAAUGGAGCUUCUUGGUUGCAGAGAUGUGUGCUUUCAGCCACUGGGUGUACAAGAUGGGAGUGUGCCCGACUCCAGUUUUACAGCUUCAAGUUGGCGAAGCAACCUUGAUGAAAAUGACUGUCUCCCCGCUAACGGCCGGCUGAAUUUUGGUCACGGCAAUGACGGCACAACCUUAGGUGGAUGGUGCCCUGCAACGAACAACACAGAUAACGAACCUUGGCUGGCCGUGGACCUUGGACAGGCAUUGCGGGUAGAGGGCGUCCUCAUCCAAGGCGGUAACCAUAGCGAUCCGGCCAUGAUGGAAUGGGUGACCAAAUUCCGGGUGGAUUACAAGGUCAACAGUUCUGACGAUUGGAUGACGAUCAUGAACAGAAGGGAGAGAACAAUGGUAUUUCUUGGGAACGAGGAUGCAAACACACCAAAUAGACAUCUGUUUUACGUACCAACCGUGGUUCGUUUCAUCCGGAUUGUGGUCAUAGAGUACGAAGGGUACCCCUCUCUACGGUUUGAGGUUUUAGGAUGUAAAGCUCCAUCCAACAUCACAUGUCCAAGUCCCGACUCGUUCACGCUUGCUCCAGGAAUGGGCGAGGUUGAAGUGGUGUUUCCUGCUGUCACCAGUACCGAUCCAUACUUUAAUCGUUUCACUGUCACGAUCAGUGACGUCGACCCACCGGUGUCCAGCGGGGGUGACAUGUGGCGAGUAGGUGAAAACUCCACAUUCCCUCCGCCAAUGAACAGCAAUGAGCAAACAGUUCAUUACAUAGCUACCGAUGAUGCCGGGAACCAAGCAACAUGCGCAUGGACGUUUGAAGUUAUCGAUAACCAGCCACCGGUAUUGCAGUGUCCAACCGAUCAGGAGGAAUCUACCUUAGAUGGAUCAGAUAUGGGCAUGGCUAGCUGGUCACUUGCAACUGUGACUGACAACUCUGGCGUAGUGUCGACUCCUGUUGCCUCUCACACAUCAGGACAAAUGUUCACAAUUGGUGUACACACUGUGGAGUUUACUGCCAUGGACCCUCACCCUGAUGGCAACUUGGGACGAUGCAACUUCACUGUCACAAUCACUGAUAAUCAAGCCCCUGUCAUCUCCUGCCCACCCAAUGGAUCAUUUGCAACCGACCCAGGCCAACCAAACGCCACGGUGAUGUUUCCUAAUGACUACGUUGCUUCAGACAACUCGGGCGAGUUCCAAGUUAUCAUCACGGAAUUCAGUCCUAACUCCAGUGAGCCUAAUGGAAUGACGUGGACCGUCGGGGAAGCUGUGGUAUUAGGCAUUGGUAACCACACCUUCUUCUACCUGGUUACAGAUGCGGCUGGGAAUGAAGACUACUGUGCUUGGGAUGUCGAGGUGUAUGAUAAUCAAGACCCUGUCAUCUCCUGCCCACCCAAUGGAUCAUUCCCAACCGACCCAGGCCAACCAAAUGCCACGGUGAUGUUUCCUAAUGACUACGUCGCUUCAGACAACUCGGGCGAGUUCCAAGUUAUCGUCACGGAAUUAAGUCCUAACUUCAGUGAGCCUAAUGGAAUGACGUGGACCGUCGGGGAAGCUGUGGUAUUAGGCAUUGGUAACCACACCUUCUUCUACCUGGUUACAGAUGCGGCUGGGAAUGAAGACUACUGUGCUUGGGAUGUCGAGGUGUAUGAUAACCAACCACCACUAUUACAAUGCCCCACUGAUGUGGAGGAAUCUACCAUAGAUGGAUCAGAUAUGGGCAUGGCUAGCUGGUCACUUGCAACUGUGACUGACAACUCUGGCGUAGUGUCCACUCCUGUUGCCUCUCACACAUCAGGACAAAUGUUCACAAUUGGUGUACACACUGUGGAGUUUACUGCCAUGGACCCUCACCCUGAUGGCAACUUGGGACGAUGCAACUUCACUGUCACAAUCACUGAUAAUCAAGCCCCUGUCAUCUCCUGCCCACCCAAUGGAUCAUUUGCAACCGACCCAGGCCAACCAAACGCCACGGUGAUGUUUCCUAAUGACUUCGUCACUUCAGACAACUCGGGCGAGUUCCAAGUUAUCGUCACGGAAUUGAGUCCUAACUCCAGUGAGCCUAAUGGAAUGACGUGGACCGUCGGGGAAGCUGUGGUAUUAGGCAUUGGUAACCACACCUUCUUCUACCUGGUUACAGAUGCGGCUGGGAAUGAAGACUACUGUACUUGGGAUGUCGAGGUGUAUGAUAACCAACCACCACUAUUACAAUGCCCCACUGAUGUGGAGGAAUCUACCAUAGAUGGAUCAGAUAUGGGCAUGGCUAGCUGGUCACUUGCAACUGUGACUGACAACUCUGGCGUAGUGUCCACUCCUGUUGCCUCUCACACAUCAGGACAAAUGUUCACAAUUGGUGUACACACUGUGGAGUUUACUGCCAUGGACCCUCACCCUGAUGGCAACUUGGGACGAUGCAACUUCACUGUCACAAUCACUGAUAAUCAAGCCCCUGUCAUCUCCUGCCCACCCAAUGGAUCAUUUGCAACCGACCCAGGCCAACCAAACGCCACGGUGAUGUUUCCUAAUGACUACGUCGCUUCAGACAACUCGGGCGAGUUCCAAGUUAUCGUCACGGAAUUGAGUCCUAACUCCAGUGAGCCUAAUGGAAUGACGUGGACCGUCGGGGACGCUGUGGUAUUAGGCAUUGGUAACCACACCUUCUUCUACCUGGUUACAGAUGCGGCUGGGAAUGAAGACCACUGUACUUGGGAUGUCGAGGUGUAUGAUAACCAACCACCACUAUUACAAUGCCCCACUGAUGUGGAGGAAUCUACCUUAGAUGGAUCAGAUAUGGGCAUGGCUAGCUGGUCACUUGCAACUGUGACUGACAACUCUGGCGUAGUGUCGACUCCUGUUGCCUCUCACACAUCAGGACAAAUGUUCACAAUUGGUGUACACACUGUGGAGUUUACUGCCAUGGACCCUCACCCUGAUGGCAACUUGGGACGAUGCAACUUCACUGUCACAAUCACUGAUAAUCAAGCCCCUGUCAUCUCCUGCCCACCCAAUGGAUCAUUUGCAACCGACCCAGGCCAACCAAACGCCACGGUGAUGUUUCCUAAUGACUACGUCGCUUCAGACAACUCGGGCGAGUUCCAAGUUAUCGUCACGGAAUUGAGUCCUAACUCCAGUGAGCCUAAUGGAAUGACGUGGACCGUCGGGGAAGCUGUGGUAUUAGGCAUUGGUAACCACACCUUCUUCUACCUGGUUACAGAUGCGGCUGGGAAUGAAGACUACUGUACUUGGGAUGUCGAGGUGUAUGAUAACCAACCACCACUAUUACAAUGCCCCACUGAUGUGGAGGAAUCUACCAUAGAUGGAUCAGAUAUGGGCAUGGCUAGCUGGUCACUUGCAACUGUGACUGACAACUCUGGCGUAGUGUCCACUCCUGUUGCCUCUCACACAUCAGGACAAAUGUUCACAAUUGGUGUACACACUGUGGAGUUUACUGCCAUGGACCCUCACCCUGAUGGCAACUUGGGACGAUGCAACUUCACUGUCACAAUCACUGAUAAUCAAGCCCCUGUCAUCUCCUGCCCUCCCAAUGGAUCAGUUGCAACUGACCCAGGCCAACCAAACGCCACGGUGAUGUUUCCUAAUGACUACGUUGCUUCAGACAACUCGGGCGAGUUCCAAGUUAUCGUCACGGAAUUGAGUCCUAACUCCAGUGAGCCUAAUGGAAUGACGUGGACCGUCGGGGAAGCUGUGGUAUUAGGCAUUGGUAACCACACCUUCUUUUACCUGGUUACUGAUGCGGCUGGGAAUGAAGACUACUGUGCUUGGGAUGUCGAGGUGUAUGAUAACCAACCACCACUAUUACAAUGCCCCACUGAUGUGGAGGAAUCUACCAUAGAUGGAUCAGAUAUGGGCAUGGCUAGCUGGUCACUUGCAACUGUGACUGACAACUCUGGCGUAGUGUCGACUCCUGUUGCCUCUCACACAUCAGGACAAAUGUUCACAAUUGGUGUACACACUGUGGAGUUUACUGCCAUGGACCCUCACCCUGAUAGCAACUUGGGACGAUGCAACUUCACUGUCACAAUCACUGAUAAUCAAGCCCCUGUCAUCUCCUGCCCACCCAAUGGAUCAUUUGCAACCGACCCAGGCCAACCAAACGCCACGUUGAUGUUUCCUAAUGAUUACGUCGCUUCAGACAACUCGGGCGAGUUCCAAGUUAUCGUCACGGAAUUGAGUCCUAACUCCAGUGAGCCUAAUGGAAUGACGUGGACCGUCGGGGAAGCUGUGGUAUUAGGCAUUGGUAACCACACCUUCUUUUACCUGGUUACAGAUGCGGCUGGGAAUGAAGACUACUGUGCUUGGGAUGUCGAGGUGUAUGCAACCUCCACACCAAAACCAGCCACUACCCAUGAAGCGGAACCCAAUUCAGACACAACCACCACAGGAAGCGUAUCAGAUGAAACUAAUAAUGCAACCUCCACACCAAAACCAGCCACUACCCAUGAAGCGGAACCCAAUUCAGACACAACCACCACAGGAAGCGUAUCAGAUGAAACUAGUAAUCGUAUAAUAACUUCUACUCCAAACCCAAUCUCAGCACUUGAGCAAACUACUUCUCUUGAACCAUUCACCGUCACAGAGACAGCCCAACUUACCGAUGAGUGUAGCCCACAAAAUGAAACACCUUGUUCUGGAGAUCUCACCUGCAUCUUUCUUCUAGGACGCCACCAGUGUGACUGUCCCUUUGCAUCUGGUCAGAGCGGUGAUUCAGAUAUUUGCAUUGAGGUAGAUGAAUUUCGUCUAUCGAUUGUGAUAGUAGAGUUUGUGCGAAGCAACGGCGCCAUCAUAACAGCCGAGUUUAAUAGCGCCUUCCUCGACCCAUCGUCCUCUGAAUUUCAAACUCUCCAAGUGGACCUGGAACGAAUACUUCACACCCUGUUCCAAGACAUACCUGGUUUUCUGCGUGUUCGAGUCUUCAGUUUCUUCAGUGGAAGUAUCGGGGUGGUGCCGAUCGUAUCAUUCAACACAGAAUCACCGACGACCAUGGAGAUGGUUGAAGAAGCUCUGACGAGAUCAAUAACCGAUGGCAAUCUGCUGUCAGGGUCUGAAUACAAGGUCGUGCCAAGCCUAACCACUGCACAGGAACUUGUGUGCGAGGAUGGGUAUUGUCUUAAUGGAGGCACGUGCACACCCAGUACUGUGGACUAUGCAAGCACAUGUUUAUGUGCUACCGGCUACUCAGGAACAAGAUGCGAUGAAGGUCAGGGUGUGUCAUCGAUUACUAUCAUCUUGAUUCUUGUGGCGUGUUUGGUGUUAAUUGCCGUCAUUGUCGUCGUAGUGUGUUGUUUCUUUGCUGUGGGUGUUAUUAAUCGGCGUAAGCAGCAAUUGUAUCAAGAUCAUCACGGUUGGGAUAUGCCCUCAGCCGAUGACAUGGACCUAUUCUACAACCUGAGAUACCACACUGGAUCGGCUCGGAGAGUGCCAAGUGGAGGAUUCGGAUCUGGUACGGCUUACAUUGCAAGCGGAAUGGAGGCUGAGGAAAUUGCGAUGCACGAUUUACGCCGAUUCCGCAACUCCGUCAUUUAAAUGGAGAUUUGCCUAGCUGCAGCUGGAUGAACGUGAAGUUUUUGUAAUCGUGGAGACGAAUCGGCAAAUUAAAGUCUAAAGUUUUUACUAUUCUCAUAUUAAUCAAGGAUGUUUAGUGGUAGUAGUGUUUCGGCAUUCCAACAGCUGAGGUCGCACGUACGCAGUGAAUGCAAAGUAACAUCGGUGAAAGCAUAUCUUCUCAUUACUUGGAUGAUGUUAACUUUCUUAGAUAAUGGUAGCAAUCAUUUUCCGAAGACCAAGAAACUACAGAGAAUUUGGACAAAUGAAGAGCCACAGUUUUUAACAGAUCAUCAUGUUUUAAAGUAUUCAUAAUACAAUAACUAGAUAUCACUAGAACUGUGAAAAAGUCUCUUGUGGACGCACUUUAACUGAUUUAAAAUGUCUUUCAAUUGUGAAAGAUUGAGUCGAUUCCAACAUUGUGAAGAAAUACCUCUGGAUUUACCUAAAACAACUUAAUUGAUAACAUUUUAGAGAUUUAAUCCAGAUCUGUUAUUACAUGUAUUUGUAUAUUGCCCCACAUAAUUAUAUGUAUAUCUUAAAGCCUAGUCGACUGUACAUGUGUAACAGUAUAUUAAUCAGCGUAUAACAAUAUUUAAUUGCACUAGAAAGCAGAAGGUCGUGGGUUCCAGUCCCACCCGAGUGAUUUUUUUUUUCAAUUUUCACUCGGGAGGUAACACACUGAGUAUACAGCGUUUAUACGUCGGUGAAGGGCAAAAUCUAAGUUUGAUAUACAUCACCUUAUAAGUAUUUAAGUAAUACUAAAUUCCACAAGAAUGGGUUAAUGGUUAAUAGGUAGAUAUAUGUAUUCAUUUUUUUAUAUUACCCAAUAUAAUCAUACAUACAGGGUUGAUAAAAAAAACUGAAACCGAGAUAUUAUUGCUAAUUGGAAUAUCCUCUGUUAGAGUGGAAUCUCCUCUUAAAAAUGACACCCUGAUCAUGUCCUUACAUUCACGGUUGACUGAGCAGUGACCAAUUUUAUGAAAGGGUGUAUUUAGAGACUUGCGCUAUUUUUUUAUGUCGAAAUCACUUGAUUGGCAACCAUAGCCUUUCACUCUGUGACAACUGACGCAACAAAAACCACAAUUGAAAAGUGGCG